CCAGAGAGGGAUACCAUGGGGCGAGCAGUGAAUGAAGAGUCAGUGGAUGCAAAGAAGGAGAAUCAAGAGAAAGCUCCUCAGUCAGGCACAUCUUCUGUGCAAAAUGAUGAUUUUCACUGGGAAAAUUACUUGAAAGAGACUGGAUCUUUAAGUGCUCCUUCAGAGUGUUUCAGACAGUCCAAGAUUCCACCAGCUAAUGACUUCAAAGUUGGUAUGAAAUUGGAAGCCCAUGACCCUCGCAAUAUGAUUUCAAUAUGUAUCGCCACAGUCGUUGGAAUUACUGGUGCCAGGCUACGUUUAAGACUGGAUGGUAGUGACAACAGAAAUGAUUUUUGGUGGCUUGUUGAUUCUGCGGACAUACAGCCUGUUGGGACAUGUGAAAAGGAGGGGGACUUAUUUCAGCCUCUACUGGGGUACCAGAUGAACAUAUCAUCUUGGCCAAUGUUCCUCUUGCGAACACUGAGUGGAUCUGAAAUGGCACCUGCAACAUUCUUUAAGAAGGAACCACCAAAGCCACCUCUAAAUAAUUUUAAAGUGGGAAUGAAACUUGAAGCUAUAGACAGAAAGAACCCUUAUCUGAUCUGCCCUGCAACUACUGGAAAUGUUAAAGGAGAUGAAGUUUAUAUCACAUUCGAUGGCUGGAGUGGAGCUUUUGAUUAUUGGUGCAAGUAUGACUGUCUAGAUAUUUUCCCAGUUGGGUGGUGUCACCUGACAGGAGAUGUAUUACAACCACCAGGAACUCAUGUUCCUGUUACAAAGAAUACAGCAAAAACACAGCCUUCUCCUUCCAAAGCAACCCAGCGUUCAAUGCAGUCUCUACAGAAAACUGCUGUAAUAUUACCAACACAGCAGAUCAGGAAAUCAGGUCGUACUAAACCACCUGCACAUACUUCAGUCCCCAAGAAGGGGAGUUCUGUUAAAAAUAUCACACCAAGGAAAAAAGGCCCAAACUCAGGAAGAAAGGAAAAAUGUAUUCCUGUUGUAUGUUCCACAUCUUCAACUUCUGUCAGUAUGCUGGCCAGAGGACGUGGCGGUGUUUUAUAUGAUAUGGAUGCUGUUCCUGGGUCAUCUAAAAUAGUGAUGCCUACAGUCUGUGUCUAUGUAAACAAACAUGGAAGCUCUGGCCCUCACCUGGAUCAGAAGAAAAUCCAGCAGCUGCCCGAUCACUUUGGCCCAGGCCCUGUCAAUGUGGUGCUCCGGCGGACAGUGCAGGCCUGUGUGGAUUGUGCCAUUCAAAAUAAGACUGUUUUUGGAUUCCUUAAGCCAGAUGAUCGUGGAGGAGAAGUGAUAACCGCCUCCUCUGAUGGGGAAGCUCAUUCCAUACAGCUCCCUCCAGUGAACAGUGCAUCAUGUGCUCUUCACUUUCUUGAGAAAUUGUGCCACAGCCUGCAGUGUGAUAACCUUUUGAGUAGCCAGCCUUUUAGCUCUCAUAGAGGUAAUGGUCAUAGCCCUGCAGAGCAUGAUCAAAACAAAUCAGUAAAAGAAGAUACAACAGAAAAGAAAAGCACCAAACGACCUUCUCAGGAACCUCUGCCUUAUGUUGCUCCUCUCUCUCCUAAGCUCCCCAAAACAGAAGUGCAUGCCUCUGAAGAAGAAGUAUUAUCUUCUGAGGGAAAUGGCAUGCCCAAAGGGGAAAUGCUUUCUGAAGAAUCCAAAAACUCACCACUAAAUCCAGCAAGUUCUUUGAAUCCUGCCAGCACAAGUCCUAUAAGCACUCAUACUCCGGUCUCCAGUAGUGUUUCUCAAAGUGUGCCAUGCACCUCGAGUUCAACACUGGUGGGGACCGAAUCACCUCCCAAGAGCAGUCACCAUGAAGUUACAUUCCAGAUGCAGAGGAAAAGUGAAGCUCCAAGUUAUAUAGCUGUACCUGACCCCAGUGUCCCGAAACAAGGCUUCUCUAAGGACCCUUCAACCUGGUCUGUGGAUGAAGUGAUACAGUUUAUGAAACAUAAAGAUCCUCAGAUAUCAGGCCCCCUCGCCGACCUCUUCAUGCAACAUGAGAUUGAUGGGAAGGCUCUGCUACUACUCAAAAGUGAUGUGAUGAUGAAGUAUAUGGGGCUGGAGUUGGGGCCAGCCUUAAAGUUAUGUUAUUAUAUUGAAAAACUUAAAGAAGGAAAAUAUAAUUGA